AUGCCACGUCAAGUUUUACAGGUCUACUUGCGUAGAUCGUGCAAGAGUCCCCUUGUGGUUGUCGCACGAGCGGAAACCUUCGGCGCUCCACAAGACGACUUCUUGAGUACGCUCGUUCCCCACUUGGACCGAGUCGGGCAUCUGGAUAUCCAUGGCUUUCAGGCCCGAUCCUACGUCGCCUAUCGCAUGGAGCUGUUGUCCUCUAUGCACAUCCAGGAUAGGUGUGACUCCGAUUCUCUGGAACAGGAGCUCAUCUUCCACGACGACCAUUUCCCAGCACUCAAAUCCUUGACUCUUGUCAUGCUCGAAGCCAGACCGCGAAUCAUCGGCACGCUAAGUUCCUUGACGUCUCUGGCAUUGAGAGGCGUGGUGUUCUACACGUGGGACGAGUUGUUCUGCUUUCUCGGGAGUUGUCCUGCUCUGGAAGACCUCGUCAUAGAGCGCUUCGGGAUGUUCAGCGAAUGGUCCCGCGCCGAGGACCCUGUCCGACUCACCAGGGACCGGCCUACCAUUGAACUCCAGCACCUGCGAGAACUCUAUUGCGCACCUCGCUGGGACCACGAAACGAUUACGUUCCUUUUGGCGAAUCUUUCGCUCCCAAGCACGGCAAAGAUCGGCGUCCUCAUGUACCUGGAUUUCGAGAAUGAAGAGUACGCUGACAUCCUCGCUAUGGGUCAGAGUGUAGACCUACCGGACUCCACGGUGAUCGCAGGCAUCGUCCCGGAGGACAAGACAUUCUUACCCAUAUUUCCUGCGAUAAGAGCCGUGCAGACUAGGAUCGUCCGGGUCGGAAGUGACCUCAGCAACUCGAUUGUGCAAGUCAAAGCAUUGGCCAUGGACGACGACCUUCAUAUCGGUGGCACGUCGGUCACCUUUACUACCGGUUACGUGACGGAUGCCUUCAAUCCUAGGUCUGUUCAAAGAAUAAUACAGUCUGAGCUGGGCACGGUGUUCCCCUCGUCCUUGACGGCGCUGCAUAUGUAUGUCGACGACAGCGACUGCUACUAUGACACGCGGGACGGCUCUCUUCAACUCGCAGAGAGCUGGAAGAGCCUCUACGAAGCGUUUCCGCAGGUCGAGGAAUUCUGUGCUGCGGAACCAAUACUCGAGUUCUUCACUGAUUUCCUGUACGAUAUCGGUCCGGUGCAAUCGAUCAGGACAGACACACCGCCGCCCUGGCCCAAGUUAACGCGAAUCAAGUUCGAGUACACCGGGACGGACCCAGACGCCGGCGAAUUGGAGGAGGUCAUGCAAGCCAUUACGACCUCGAUCUGUGCUCGUCGCGACACCGUCUCGGUGGAACGCUUGGAGCAUCUCACACUGACGUUCCCCGCGGAGCCGCCGAUUUUGCGGACUAUAUCUGAGGCGGAGACAAUCGUGCUAGCUCAUGCGACGGUGACGAUGGCUUCCGAGUCUGCGCGGGACGUCAUCCGCACACCAUCACCCCUACCUAUUAAUCACCUGCAACUUCACGAUCAUCGUCUGAAUGCGACGGAACUGCGGAAAUACGCAGUCAAAGCGCAGAUACUUAUCAACUCGGCCCUCGCUAUCAACAAAUUGCCGCCCGAAUUGUUCGCGGAUAUUCUGGAACUCAUUCGGGUCAACUGUCCUAGGAAAUGGUCGUUCGUCACCGUACUGCUGGUGUGCCACCAUUGGUAUCACAGUGCGGUCUCUUUCCCGAGGCUGUGGACCCGCUUAACGUCUAGCAUGCCGCUUCGAAUCCUCGAGACAUACUUGCGCCGAUCACGCGGGGCUAGCCUCUCACUCGUCACCAACAGCUCCGUGUCCGCCGCGGUUCCUCAAGAUACUAUGAGAGCGCUCUCUCCGCACUUCGAACGAGUCGUACACCUGGAUACAUACAGUAUCCAACCGUACGUCCAGCAUCGCAUGGAACGGCUUUACUCCUUGAUCAUUGACGACUGCAUCACACUCCCACUCUCCCUGGCACACCACUCUACAUCAAGCAGUCGUCAGACCAUCGUCAUACGCGGCGACCACUUUCCAAGGCUGUGCUCCCUGAAACUUUAUGGGCUCAGGAUGCCAGCAAGCCUGGUCAAUGUAAACUCUCUGACGUCGCUGGAAGUGGAGGAAAUGUCAGCCAGCCAGCUGUUGGACUUGCUCAGGAAUUGUCCCGCCCUUACGUGUCUCGAGAUCGAAUCCCCCACAGGCCACCCUAUGGCCAUCCCCAUGCACGAUGGCCAACAUAUCGUCGAGCUCCCGCACCUCCAAAACCUUGUUCUCACAUCAUUUGACGACCGCGUCAUCUUCGGCUCUAUUCUUGCGCACCUCUCCCUUCCGCGUAGCGUGAGGGUCGAGAUUAGCGCUGCUGCCUUGGGCACCGAAGACUUCUAUGUCGCCGGCUAUGCCGAGUUACGAGGACUAGUGAUUGCGGCCGGCUUCAUUCCUGAUGACAAGACGUAUUGGCCCCUCGUCUCUUCUAUCCGAAAGGUAGAGACGUUGAUCAGCAAGACAUGUCUACAAAUUGUCGCGUCAAUGCCAAUUGCGCGAGAACCCCGGAUCGACAUGCGGUCGAGUCGCUUUCGUUGCGACCUAUACGCUCUGUUCAACACAAGUCACAUACAGAAACAGAUCAUGCUCGAGCUAGGGACGAUAUUUCCUCGGUCCCUAACAGCACUCAAGAUCAUAGUCGCCGACGCUGAUCACUACGAGAACCAGGGAGGUUCCGUCGCGGAGAGUUGGAGACGCCUAUACGACGCAUUUCCAGAAAUGGAGGACCUGGAUAUCGGCGGUCCAACUAUAGAUUUUUUCACCGAUUUCUUAUUCGACAUUGGUCCGUCGCCGCCGCCGCCUGCUCACGCUCCUAUACCGUGGCCGAAGCUCAAGUAUCUACGACUCGAAUACACGGGAAGUCACGGCGCCGACUCGCUAGAUGAACCGGAGGAGGGAUUGGUCAUGCAAGCCAUUACCACCACGAUAUGCAACCGCCGAGAUGCUGCCUCGAUUGAACGCUUGCAACGCCUCGCGAUUGUGUUCCCGACGGAGCCGCCGCAUCUAUGGACGUACUUGGGACUGCUCCGAAGCGCGACAGAGGAACUCGUAUGCACCAUUGAUGGACAAGACCUGGUGUUAGACGAUGAGGACGCCAGGCUUUUGUCGCAGUGA